GUUCGAUUCUCGCAGACAGCGAAGAUCAAUAUUCUUAAGUAUUUUUAAUUUUUCUUUUGGGGAGGACAUGUAGUUUGACUUUAGUACUCAAUUUGAGACUUCAUAGGCUAAUUUAUAAUCUUCUGUGUACUCCAGUGUCCAUUUCAGCAUGUUACCUAUGAUUGUGCCCGUACAUGUUUCCCUCCAAAUUUCUUUAGUGUUUGUAUAAUGCUUCCAAGAAAACGGCUCCCAGAGAUUUUUAAAUCUUUCCUAUUAACCAGCAAAGACGGGGCCACCAUUUCCAUAACUCAUGCCUUGAUGAUUACUUCUGGUGUCUUUAGCCAAGGAACGCUUAAUGCCCUAUUGAUAUCAUCGUAUAGCCGAAAUGGUUGCAUUGAAUUAGCCCGUAAUUUGUUCGAUAAAUUACCUAAAAGAAGCAUAGAUUCUUGGAACGCAAUGAUCGUUGCUUAUUCAAGGCAAAAUUGUCCGCUUGAAGUGAUAAAUCUUUACAAACAGUUGAGGUUGGAAAGAGUGAAACCCGAUAGCUCGACAUUUACAGUGGCUAUCAAGGCGUGUACCGGCUUGUUGGACUUGAAGUUGGGGAUGGAGUUGUGGGUAAAGGCGGUGGAAUCCGGAUAUGCAAACGAUGUGUUUGUGGGUUCCUCUGUUCUGAACCUGUAUGCUAAGUGUGGGAAAAUGGAUGAAGCAAUGGGUGUGUUCGAGAGGAUGCCUAAAAGGGAUAUUGUUUGUUGGAGCAUGAUGAUCAAUGGAUAUGUGAAGAGUGGGAAAAUAAGAGAGGCGUUUGAUGUGUAUCGAAGAAUGCAGCAAGACGGUUUAGAAGGAGAUGGGGUUGUGAUAUUAGGGUUGAUACAGGCUUGUUCCAACGUUGGGGACGUGAAAGUUGGUCGCUCAGUGCACGGGUAUAUAAUUAGAAGAGGUUUUCCGAUGGAUGUUCUAGUUCAUACAAGCCUCGUGGACAUGUAUGCCAAGAAUGGAGAGUUGCAGAUUGCUUCUUGUGUAUUUUGGAACAUGUGCUCUCGGAAUGUUGUUUCUUGGAGCGCUUUGAUUUGUGGGUAUACACAAAAUGGUUUUGCUGGAAAAGCACUGGAAAUGUUGAUUGAGAUGCAGAAUUUUGGAUUUGAGCCAGACGUCGUUUCGCUUGUUAGUGCCCUGGUUGCAUGCUCUCAAGUUGGAUACUCAAUUUUGGGUCGAUCAGUACAUGGAUAUACUGUUCGAAGACUUGACAUGGAUCAAGUUUUAGGUACCACAUUGAUUGAUAUGUAUGCAAAAUGUGGAUCAAUUUCUUAUUCUCGUGCAAUAUAUGAUCUCCUGAGAUCUAGGGACGUGAUAUGUUGUAAUACUAUGAUAGCCAGCUAUGGGAUUCAUGGAAAAGGAAAGGAAGCUCUUUCACUUUUUGGUCAAAUGAUAGAGUCGAAUUUAGAACCAGACCAUGCUACGUUUGCUUCUCUUCUCUCAGCAUUGAGUCAUUCUGGAUUAGUACAGGAAGGGAAAUACUGGUUUGAUCUCAUGCUUAGUAAGUACAAAAUUCAACCAGAUGAGAAGCAUUAUGCUUGUUUGGUUGAUCUUUUGUCUCGAGCUGGACAAGUCGAGGAAGCUCAGAAUGUGAUCAAUUCCAUGACAUGUGAGCCAGGAAUGGCUGUUUGGGUUGCCCUUUUGGCAGGUUGCCACAAUCAUAAGAAGUUUUCUAUUGGAGAGCCGGCAGCAAAAAAGAUUCUUGAGCUAAACCUGGAUAGCACAGGAAUUUAUGCUCUAGUUACAAAUUUCUUUGCUGCAGCAAGGAGGUGGGAUGAAGUGGCUACAGUAAGGAAGAUCAUGAAAGAGAAGGGGACAAAAAAAGUACCUGGCUGUAGUAUCGUGGAAGUGAACGGGGGACUCCACGCUUUUAUUGUGGAAGAUAAGAGUCAUCCUCAGUAUGAUAUGAUUAUGGAAAUUUUGGAGGACCUUGAGCAUGAAAUGAUAGCUAUUGGUUAUGUACCAAAGACUGAAUUUGCGUUUCACAAUAUCGAAGAGGAAGUGAAAAAAAUAAAGAUGUUUAAUAAUCACGGUGAAUGACUUGCUAUUGCCUUCGGGCUGUUGAACACCAGGCCAGGAACCAGACUGCUGAUAAAAAAGAACAUCAAGAGUAUGUGGGGACUGCCAUGAAGCGAAAAAAUUCAAUUCCUUAAUAGUGAGGAGAGAACUUGUCGCAAGAGAUGUGAAGCGAUUUCAUCACUUCAGGAACGGGAUAUGCUCAUGCGGUGACUACUGAUGAAGCUUCUGGUUAUAUUCCAAAUACACAAAUGCAUGAAAAAUCUAAGAGGGAGUGAAGGUGAUAAUAUAGCUGAUGGAUAAUGCCCCAGGACUCUUGGAAAUCUUCUGUGGCCACAAUAAUUGAAGUACCUUAAGCACUUGCUAUUUUCCUCAUGUUCUCAAAUUGAAGUGCUGUUGAUGGUAACUAGCAGAAGGAAGACUAGGUGCAUCCUUCGCGUGCAGCCUGGCCAAUUAGAUAAUGGCUGAAGUCCACGUCAAGAAACUUUAAUUACAAGGAGGUUUCAGUAAUAGUCGGGUCUUCUAGAAAGUUUCCUUAUAUCUGCUUUGCUUGAGAGAAGAUGCACUCUGCAUUCUGCAUGGCGAAUGCAACCAUUUCAAAAAAGCACGUCUUUCCAGCAGUCGUUUGGUGGAUUUUUCUUGUGAUGUAGCCUUUUGUUUUCUGAGUGCAAAAAUGUAUUCUGCAUCAAAAUUCGAGAAUGAUCAUCUAUUAGCUCAGAUGCUAGAAUAAGGUCCACAUACGACAAUGGAGGAAGGCAACCCAAUCUGUUUAGGAUCUUUAUUUUUUUCUGGAUCAAUGCUAACAUAGGCUAUAAAGCAUUGGGAAAAUCUCAUGUGCAACACGAAUAGUCUUGGUGCUCAUCGUAUAAAGAUUUUUCAUGAGUUUUGAAACCGCCUCAAUAAUUCAACUGAAAAUCAUUGUACGAUUUGGUACUGUCUCAAGAAGACAAGAACCAUGUUGAUAUAGAACUUGCACAAUUUCAAAAUA